AUGAGCGAACACAGGCCGUCUGGCGGGGAAGAGGGGUUGGAUCUCGCUAAGGGGACAGACGUCCUUGCGGCGCGAGCGGAGGGCGUUACUGCAGUGGGAGAUGUCGAGGCGGACGUACGCGAGGGUACCGACACCGCCAUGGCGGACGGGCCGGAUGUUGCUCCCUAUCCUGCGUUCACUUCGCACCGAGGCGACAUCGACGCUGCAGCCUCUUCGUCGGUUGCGCCAACCGCGUCAGGCUCAAGUACCGAGUCAGAUGCUGCACCAGCGGCAGCCCAGCCGCGCCGACCCGUCACUCCGCCGCCCAAAUCCAGGACCCAGCCAUCUUCGUCCGGAUCCUCGUCCGACACGAUCAUUGUCGCGACGCAGAAUGCCACUCUCUCGCCGCCAAAGUCAACUUUCAAUCUCACGCAAACCGAGGUCGCCGAAGACUCCCCCGACCCGCUGCGUAUCAUUGCCGUCCCUUCCGCGUCUUCCGCCGCAAGGUCUACCACGUCUCGCGCACGCAGCGUAUCGGUUGACCCCGUCACCGACCGCCUUCAAAGCUCGCCGACGGCCAACUACAAACGCCAACGCUCGAAGACGCCCAUCACCGUCGACCGAACUGGCGAGAACCUCGACCCGCGCACCGCCAGUCGCGCCUCGUCCGUCUCGCUCAGCGGCGCUGGCAAGCAGCGCGCUAUGAGCUUCCUGGCCGAAGACGACGAGUCGGAGGAUGAGCUCGCGCUUGUCCCCGUCGCAUCAGCCAUGCGUCGGAAAGGCUCGACGUCGAACUCGGUCUUUGUCGGCGUAGAGAUCCCGGUCGGACGUACGUCUGCAUCGAUGUCCCGAACUGCGAGCGCGUCGUCGACGUCCCGCGUAGGGACGACUGCGUCGCCUGCACCUGGUCCCGCGCUUGGCGUUGCGUCCGGGUCGAAGAAUGCGGACAGUCGGAAGAAGGGCAAGGGCCGAGUCGAGCAUUCGUUCGAGCUCGUCAUAGAGCAGCCCGUUCGCAAGUCUCGCCCAAGUAUCGACUCCUCCGCUACUUCCUCCGCUACUUCUCGCCCGUCUUCGCCCAAACCCUCUCCUCUCGACAACGCACCCGAACCCACCGCUUCGACGAGCAGCGCAGCACCGCCGACCCACCCUCUCUCGCAAAGUCUUGAUGCCGGCCAUCCCGUCCCGCCUUCUUCGCCUCUCUCGUCUCUUCCGCCUUCGCAGCUCGACCGCACCUCUCCGCCUCUCCCUUCCGGUGUCUCAACGCGUCCAAAGAGAGCGCGGCGGUCUCUUGUUCCAGCGCAGGACGAAGCCGCACUGGACGAAGCCCUCGCUUCGGAGGAGGAUGAAACGGCCAGCUCAAGCACUGUCUCGAAUCCUUCGCCCAAGAAGAAGCCGAAGCGGCUUGCGCCGACCGUCAAGAAGGCGCGAGGCCGACCGUCGCAAGGGCAGGACGUCGAACCGGAGCCGAACUCGGAGCGGCCUGCUUCGCGGGCGAGGGGAAAGGGGAAGAAGGCGGCGUAUGCUCACGUCGACUCGGAUGACGAGGACAUUGCCGAGCCGCCUAAGCCAACGUCGCAGGCCAAAGGUCGCAGGAAGAGCGAGCUGCUGACGCCAGUCAGGGAGGCUGCUGCUGCGACGAAUCGCAACCCUCGGCGUCGUCAAAGCACGCGGACGAACUUGAAGGAGGCGUCGUCGUCGUCGUCUUCGGAGAGUGAGGUGUUCGUCGGACCUUCGAGCGCUGCCGACAAGCCUGCUCCGCCGACUCCGAAGAAGCGUGGUCGUCCGCCGAAGCAAGACGCGGAGGCUUCGCCGACAAAGAAGAGCAAGGGCAAGCAACCGGCCGAGGCUGAGCCUGAACCGAUGUCUUCGCCUUCGAAGAGCCUCCUACCGCCUCCCUCGUCUUUCGCCAGUCAACUUCUCGGUCACGAGCGCGCACUCGUUGAGUCGUCUGCGGACCGAGCGAAAGGAUGGAGCCUUAACGCACUGCCGCGCGGAAAGCCCAUCUGGGUUCACAUCCGCAAAGACGGCGCGGAGAACGGUUUCUGGUGGCCUGGCGAGGUUGAUGGCAGUCUCUGGCGCAAACCUCUGCAUGUCAAGCUCUACCUCGACCCAACCUCCUCCAUCCUCAGCUUCUCUCCGGAAGUCGUCACGUUCGACAACCCGACUCACGAAGACGUCGCUACUUUCCGCAAUCCAUCUCGCCUCCGCUUCGACACUGCGUCCUUUCGCGACUCAACCGACGCGACGGACGGCACGCCUUGCGACGAAGUCUUCAACGGCAUCCUCGAGUACGCGAUCCAACGAGACUCGCAGUUCGACUUCGAAGACGACGAUGAAGACGAGGAGGACUUGUUGCCGCCGUCAAGUCUCGGGAGGAACAGCUCGGCAGCGGCUGGACCGUCGAGCCAGAGGAACGGGAAGGCUAAGUCGGCGAAGAGAAGGGGCCGGAAGAGCGCGGCGAAUGCAUCUUCGUCAAGCGAUGCGGGAUUGGACCCGCCGGCUGGCAUUCAGGAGUCGUCAGAGGAGGAAGAUUUCAUGCUCGAAGGCGGCGAAGACGACGGCUUCGACUUCCCGCAAUACUGCCUAGCCAAGGCUCAGCGCGUGUGGUGGCCGGCUCGCUGCACUGGCUACACGCCUCCCUCGCCGUCCAAGUCUGGCAAGGCGAAGGGCAAGUUCACGAUCGAGUGGACGGACGGCAAGUCGACGAAGAUUGCGCGUUCGAGCCUGUUGCUGCCGAGGGAGCCGAAGUUCUUCACCGUCCCCCUCGGCGACACGGAACUCAAGCUGAACGCCAAGUACAUCAAAAACCUGCGCCGCUUCGUCGCCGAGGACAUGCUGCCCGUCUACGAACGCAUCAUCAACGAGCAGCACCCCUUUGCGCAAGCCUUCAACGACGACUUCUUCGCCGGCGGCCAGCGACGCGAACGGCUUGCCAAGAAGUCCGUCUUCGGCGAGCUCAACGAAGACCUCCUCGACGACAUGCGCGACGCGAUCUCGAGGUGGGCGACGGGUGCUGGCGGAGCAGAGCGCCCGAAGGGAUCGGCUCGCUACGAAGCGUUGACCGACUCGGAGCGCGCGCGAUACCGCGCUGACGUUCUCCUCCCGAUCGCCAUCAUUGAGAACUACGUCGACGACGACAACCUUGUCGACGAGGCUGUGAAGGAGCUGAAGAAGGAGGGUAUCGCGGCCCCAGGCGAGGAGGCGGCGAAGUCGCGGGCGUGCGAGAUCGCGCAGAAGCACCUCGACAGCCGCUCCGUCACGUACACAGUCAUGACCAUCCGGCAGAGCAAGACGAGGAGAUGA